GCAGCAUCUACACUGGUACUGUGGAUGUGAGGUUGUGGGUGACCAGCGGUGACCGGCUGCAUUUCACUGCUCAAAUGGGGCAGGACAUGCCUGAAUGUGGAACUCCAGACUAUGAACCAGUACAUGGCCGGCCCCAUGGAGUCCAAAUGAUGUUUGUCGUGGAUUCUUAUUUUGGCCUGUACAAAGUUGAUCCAAGGACAGGAAAGAAAACCCUCCUGCGGUUGAGUGAGAAAGGUGAUGCUACACUAAGUGUGGAUGGGCGGCCUUUCAAAUUCCUAAAUGGAUUAGAAGUAGCAAAUCAAAAUUUGAUUUAUUUCAUGGAUUCAAGCAGCAAGUGCGAAAGGUGACAUCACAAAUAUAAGGUAAUCAAAACAAACCAUCUUGGUCGCCUCUUGGCCUAUGACCCCGCAACAAGAACAAGAACAGGAAGAACGCUGCUGUACAAUUUUGUGGACAACCUGCCUGGGUAUCCAGACAUCAGAUUAUCAAAUACAGGCUUAUACAGAGUUGGAAUAUCUGCUGCUCACUUUCCUAGUUUCUUUUUUCCUUUUCUGGAUGCUUUAGGGCCACAUCCAUUCCUGAACGGAUUUAUUGCAAAGCAACAGCUAUUGUCAAGAGAGGUGAAGAACCCUUUACAGAAAGUAGGAGGAUUUUGCUAUGGGAAUCAAACUCUACAAAGUCAUUCUUGCCAAGCAGGAGUCAUGGAGCUGGUUAUGAUUAACGGUGCUACUCGUUCUGAACAAGUGACUCCUUUAUCAGUCCACAGCAUUUUCCUUCACAAACAUGGUUUGGUCUGAGAAACUAAUGACAAAGAAAACAUUGUGGCAAGUUUCCUGGAGUGUGAUGGCAGCGUCACUUUGGCCAUCAGCAACGUCUUUGAGCACAGCAGGAACGUGGAGAUUGGUAACACAGAGCUUUCUUUUCUUGUGGUGCUAUAG